AUGAACGGCGUAAAGGCAACAAAGCCAGUCUUCACUGCCGAGGCCGCAACCAAGGAAUAUGCAGCCUCCCUUGAUGAAGCAGAUCUCCUCAAGGACCUUCGUGAUCAGUUCAUCAUUCCUUCCAAGGCGAACCUUGCUAGCAAGAAACUAGCCAAGCCAGGGUUAUCUAAGGAGGAUAGCAUCUAUUUCUGUGGAAAUUCACUGGGAAUCCAGCCCAAGGCAGUCGCCAAGUACAUGGAAGCACAGCUGGACACCUGGUCAUCCAUCGGGGUCUGCGGCCACUUUACUGCCCUGGAGGACUCACCUCUGAGGGAAUGGCAGGUUUUAUCCGAACAGGCCGCCGAGUCUAUGAGCAAGAUUGUGGGUGCGACACCCGAGGAGGUUGCUGCAAUGGGGACUUUGACAGCGAACUUGCACUUCCUCAUGGCCAGCUUCUACAAGCCCACGGAAACCCGACGCAAGAUCCUGAUGGAUUGGAAGGCUUUCCCCAGUGACCACUACGCAAUCGAAUCGCACAUCGCUUGGCACGGCCUUGAUUCCAAAGAGAACAUGGUGCUUAUUGGCCCAGAUGAGGGGCAAUACGAGAUUUCGACAGAGAAGAUUCUCAAGUACAUCGAUCAGCAUGCGGAAGAUGCUGCACUUCUUCUUUUGCCCGGUAUCCAAUACUACACCGGCCAGCUAUUCGACAUUCCUCAGAUCACAGAACACGCCAAGUCCCGCGGUCUCGUUGUAGGCUGGGAUUUAGCACACGCCUACGGCAAUGUUUAUCUCAAAUUACAUGACUGGGAAGUCGACUUCGCCGCCUGGUGCACAUACAAAUACGGAAAUGCCGGCCCCGGCGCGAUGGGAGGCAUCUUCGUUCAUGAGAAGCAUGGCAAAGUAGACUACAGCGAGGGCGAAGAUUCUCCGAAAUUCCGUCACCGACUGACAGGAUGGUAUGGCGGAGACCGCUCGGUGCGAUUCAAAAUGGACAAUAAGUUCAAGCCCAUCCCCGGAGCUGGCGGCUUUGUCGUGUCAAAUCCCUCGGUGAUUGACCUGACCACCCUCUGCGCCUCGCUUUCUGUAUUUGACCGGACCUCCAUGGCGGCCCUGCGCCAGAAGUCUAUCACGUUAACCGCGUACCUGGAGUUCUUGCUACUGAAGGACACUACAGAUGAAGAUCGCCAGUUCACUAUUAUUACUCCCUCAGAUCCUCACGCGCGCGGGGCCCAGUUGAGUCUCUUGCUCAAACCGGGCCUCCUUCACAACGUGGCGCAGAAGCUGCAAGACGCUGGUAUCAUUUGCGACAAGCGCGAGCCAGACGUCGUCCGUGUGGCCCCUGUCCCCCUGUACAACACCUUUUCCGAGGUUUUCACAUUUGUGGAAGUGUUCAAAAGUGCUUUGGUUCAGUAA